AUGGAAAGUCAUGGCAUCAAGUGUUCAUUGAAUUGUAAAAUAAGAAGUAGUAAUUCGAAACCGGAAGUAGGGUUUUGUGGAUCUCCUGGAAAUGACCAACAGCCACAACGAUGUAAGGAUUAUAUCCUGAAUCUAAACCAUAAUGAAAACUUAGGCAUAUCUCUAUCGCAGAUUUACCUGUCGUUGAGAAAAGACACUUCCGGUGAAGUAAUUAUAGAAAAAGACACAAACUGCGCCAACUUCUUAUUGAGUAAUUUAACCUACAACAGCGACAGUUACUUUAACAUGAAUUGUCCCGUGGACAUGGAACUCUCGUGUAACGUCACGUGCACGGACGUGACAAACCAGCCCUGCUUACAUAUGGAGAAAAUUGACACAGGAGAAAUGACCUCGACCUUCUGGCUCUUUCUCAUUCUCUAUCUACUUGGGAACAUAUCGGAGGCGCCAAUAUUAGGACUCGGGGAUGCUAUAACUCAAAAUAUACUCGGAGGAGAAAAACGUAACUUAUGGGGCAAACAAAAGUUAUGGGGUACUCUUGGAUUUGCCAUUUUUGCCGUAACUUCCGCCAUUUUGGUUGAUCUGUUAAGCACAGAUAUCAGUACUAAUUAUAAUUUCUCGUUUUAUAUUUUCGUAUUUCUGCUGUCAGUAGCGGCGGCUGUGUCGUGUCUUCUCCCAAUAGACAGAAAUAUUCUGUGUAUAAAUUUCUCCCGGAAUUUAAGUGUGUUCCUGAAACAUCCUAAUAUCGUCAUGUUUCUCCUGGCGCUGACUUGUCUCGGGUUUAUGCUCGGCGCGUGUGAAACAUUUCUCUUCUGGUUUUUAGAAGAUUACCUUGGAAACACACUGCUUAUCGUUCCUGGUGCGACACUGCUCAUUAGCUGUAUGGUUGAAACCGUGUUUUUAUUUGCAUCUGGUCCUAUCAUCCUAAAGUUUGGUCAUCUGAACUGUAUCUAUCUGGGAUUUGUGUCAUUCGGAAUACGAUUUCUGUGUUACUCAUUCCUGACCAACCCUUGGCAGAUUCUUGCCGUGGAGAUCCUGUACGGACUCAACAUGGGCCUCGUUCUGGCUGCGGCAACUUCCUACAGCAGUAUACUGGCUCCCUCCGGGACAGCUCCAACUCUUCAGGCAGUUAUACGGGGCUGUCACUUCGGAUGUGGUAACUCAUUUAUACAUUUACUUACAUAUGUAUCUUGA